GGACAUGGAGCAAUGGAUUCAAACUACAAGAAAGAAGAUUCCACCUAAACAUUAGGAAGAACUUCCUGACAGUAAGAGCUGUUCGGCAGUGGAAUUUGCUACCAAGGAGUGUGGUGGACUCUCCUUCUUUGGAGGUCUUUAAGCAGAGGUUUGACAGGCAUAUGUCAAUAAUGCUUUGAUGGUGUUUCCUGCUUGGCAGGGGGUUGGACUGGAUGGCCCUUGUGGUCUCUUCCAACUCUAUGAUUCUAUGAUUCCUUUUGAAUAGAUAUGCAUAGGAUUGCAUUGUUAACUGCAUUCUGGAUUAUAAAUUUACAUGUGGUGGGAAUGCAGGUUUGUGCUAGCUGAGCCUGCUAAGUGGCAAACAUUGCUGCUUGCUUGUGGUCUGUGUGUAAAUUAUUUCAAUGUGACAGAACAUUUCCCCUCAGAUUAUUCUGUAGCACUGCACAUGGGGAAUAAAAAGUUGCUAUAGUUUGAUGUGGAAGGGGAGUGGGUACCACUGCAGGAUUCUAAAUAUAGAAAUUGUGAUAGCAGUUUACAGGAAAUAAAACUUCCCAAGUGGAUUGCUCAGUUGGUAGAGCAUGAGACUCUUAAUAUCAGGGUCAUGAGUUUGAGCCCCACAUUGGGUGAAAGCUUCCUGCAUUAUGGGGGGUGGGGGUGGGUUGGAAUAGAGAUCCUCAUGGCCUCUUCCAACUCUACAAUUCUAUGAUUCUAUAAGUUUAAAUAGUCAUAUUAGAAUGAUGGGCUUCAGCUCUAGUAGUAUUUCAGAAGCCAUAUUUAUUUGUGCAAGCUGAGGCUGAAUAUAAUUUGGACAUUGUUUUCUGUAUUUUUGAUGUUUUCAGUUAGCUCUGAAAGCAAGCGUGUUGAUUAACAGUGCAGUAUCCAGAGGAGAAGACAGCACCCUGCUACCCUUAGCACAGAAGACAUGGGUAUUCAAUAAAAAGUGACUUCUGCAGUCAUUCACUGCAAUACUAUCCCUCCCUGUACUUUGAAUGGCCUAGUACUACUUUAACUAUUCUAAACAACAGUCUUUGCAUGCAAAUGAUUUUCCUAGAGUCUAGUAUGGCAUAGGGCUUUCAAAGUAUUUGGAUUUAUAAAUGGGUUUUAUCAUUCAUGUUAUCUUGGGAUCAAGGCAAAAUCAGAAGGUUAUAGAGGAUCUGUAAAAUAGCCCUUUUGAAGAAAGGGUAUCUAAAACAAAUGCCUUCUGAAUGAUUUAUUCAUUCCUCUGGUCAUUACCUACUUGUUCUAAGCAGUCUGAUGAUCCAGAUUAGCUCUCCAGUCUAAUAAUUAAUGUCAUUGUAUCCUGGGAACGGGCUAAAUAAGUAAAGCAGCUUGCACCUCUGUGCCCUAAGUGUGUUUGAUGGCUGCUCCCAGUUGAUGUGCUGCACAGGAGAAUGUGUCACCUCUUUUUGCUCUCUUUUAUCUGUCUAGCUGGCAUCUUGCCUGUCAUUUCAUAUAAAGCAAAUGAAUCAGAGUUAAAUUUACUAACAGAGUGAAACUGCCUUUCAGGCAAGGAGAAUUCUGAAAUAGGGCACCUAAGAACAGUGACGAAGUGCUGAGUUAUCACUAACCUCCAAAGAUUAGAAGGAAUAUUGCCAAGUUUCAGGUCAAAAUUUAUCCAGAAAUAUCUGUCAUUUGAUCUUGCAUGGAGGAUGCUAAUGGAAGGGCAUCUCAGAAUGACAGUUUCGUCUCUUUCAGUAGUUACAUUUAUCACUUCAAUGGAGAGAAUUCUAAGCCCAUAUUUUAGUGUUAUGGGAUAUUUUUGGAAAUAAAAAUGCACACAUAACCUUUAAUAUGGUUCAGUAAUGGAGAAUUUUGAUUGAAUUUCCAAGCAGCUCAAUAGACAGCUUGUUUUUGAAGAUGGACUUGAAGGAGAUACCAGUUUCUUUGCCAUUGGGGAUAACCCUGCCAUGGAAAUACUUGUUUAGACUAUUCUUAAGUUCUCAAUUUCUGGAAGGUUUGGAAUCAUUACUAUGAAUUGACAAUAAUAUAAUCCAUAUCAUGUGAAGAAACUCUUAGACAAGGGUUACCCAAGCAAGUAUUUCAUUUUUAGUAGGCAGUCCCUAGACUUGAUGAAAGAUAUUGGAGGAGAGGCAACUGCUUCGUCUGCUACUCCUCAAUACUGAAAUGAAACUUUUUUCACAACCUGGAUUAGAACGUAGAUGCUAACUAAAUUUUCUGACCCCCACUGCAAAACAUACAAGUAGAGGAGGUUUCUUGUAAGUAAGAAGGAUCUUUGUAAGUAAGAAUCAGGCAAAUAAUAAUACAGAGACUGUAGCAAACAUGAAAUGUAAGGAGUAACAGUUCAGGAGUCAGAGCAGGGCAAUAAGUUCAUAACUGAAUGGAAGCAAUGAAGGUGUCCCCACAUCUUGCUCAUCUUGACUUCCCUGUUCAGCUAGGAAAAGAAGGAAUGCUUAGGCAAGUAGGGUUUCCUCAGAUAUGUUAAAAGGAGGAAACUUGAUACAUUCGUUAAAAACCAGUGAAGGUGUUGGAUACAAUUUCCUAUCUCAGUAAUUUGGAAAUGUGUAGCAAACAAAAGACUACUAAAGCUGCAGACCUCUUGGGAGUUGGGGGAAAUGGCUAAUACUUAACCAUGUAAGAGUAGUAGUUGCUUGAUAGUUUAAAUGUUUUGCAGGCACUGGUAGUGGUGCAUUUUCCCCUUUCGCAUUUAUAGGUUUGUUUUUUUAAAAUUCCCUUUAUAGUUCUCACUAAAGAAUAAUUGGAUGACGGUCAGUGUUUUGGACGAAACCUAGCAUGGCAUUUCUGAAAACAAUUAUUUCUGAGGCCCUCCUUUUGUUUCAUUCUGAGUAAGAAGACACACUGUUGUCAAUGCUAAUGGAUAUCAUUGCUGCUGAGUGUCCCAGGUCCUCCCCUCCCCUGCACUUUGCUGCUGCUGCUUUGCUUUCCAGUGUUGCCACACAGGACUACCACAAUCUGAUUUUGUGAAUGCUGUGCAUACAACACAUCUGUCCUCUUCCUUUCCCCUCUCUCCAAUCCAUUAUAUGUUCAGCUGCAUUCUUGUGAAACAUUAUGGCACAUGUACAUUUUAUAUAUAUAUAUAAGACAUUCCUACAUGCACACCAUCUUGGGCAAAGCUGCUCUAAGUUUCAGAACAUAAAAUUGGUAUACAGUCAUACCUUGGGUUCAGUACGCUGCGGGUUGCGUACUUUUGGCUUGCGUAUUCGGCGGACUCAGCGUACUUGCGUACUCAGCGCUUCGCACAUGCACUAAAGCGCCACUCGGGUUAAGUACUUUUCGGGGUGCAAACGGCACCCCGGAAUGGAUUGAGUUCUUAAGCCGAGGUACCACUGUAUAUAUAAACAAGCUCUAGUGCUGUUGAAGUUAUAUGAUAUGGUCUAUUUACUGAUGUCAUGCUUGGAUUUUGGCUCAGUCAGUUUAAGAACUGAAGUGGUGCUAUUGAACUGUUUUCUUGUCCAUAUUUUAAAAAAAUUGAUACAUGUAUUGAUUAUGUAUUUGUCUUUCACUUCAGGUGAUCUCCUAGCAAGUUUUUUGAGGGCUGCAUAGUGUGACAAUGCAGAGUGCCACUACUUGGGAUAGUUGCCUAAUUGCUGUGUUUGACUCCCGAGCUGUGAACCUGUAUUGCAAGUUCCAGGAUUAUUUGUCUCAAUGAUGACAUUCCCUUCUGUUGCUUUUUUCCUGGUUUCUGCAUGCUGAACUAAGUUCCUGAUGAAUGGACACUCCCCUAUUGUCUUUCAGGGCAUGGGAGCUGGUGUAAAGGUAUGCCCCCUCUCCUUGGCCAAUCAGUGGGAAAUGGUGGUGAACCUAGCUGUGUGGGCUGUGAACUGCAGCUUAGUAGAACUGCCGGUCAGAAAGGAAUAAAGCUCAGUAUGACUUUCAGCAUACAGUAGUUUAUGUGCUACUUCUGUUAACACAAUGCUAUAAAAUAUGUUGCUCUAGAUGAUUGCUGUCUUUUUAAGACUGGACUAUUGGGAACAAAUUGCUAAUGAAAGAAUUAUGCAUUUACAGUAACACUUGUGUGUAGCACAAUAUGGCCUAGGAGUUGAUGUGCCAUAAAAUUCAAUAUGCCAACCUAUCUGGUACCCUUUCUGUAGAGCUGAGGUGGGUGACAACUGAGGAGACAACCUUUCUGGUGGUGCAUGGUGAUGACCCAUUUAUGGAAUACUUGUUUCAGAGAGACUUGUCUCAGAUGCAGCUGUGAUCCUCGGCUGUGUCUCUCAUUGAAGGGACCUGAUGUUUUACGUUAUUGGUGGGAUCACAGUAUCUGUGGUAGCUUUCUUUUUCACCAUUAAGUUCCUCUUUGAGCUUGCCGCACGUGUAGUCAGCUUCCUCCAGCAUGAGGACCGGGAGCGCAGAGGAGAGCGGACAAUUUAUGACUACGUGCGAGGCAACUACUUGGACCCCCGCUCUUGCAAAGUCUUCUGGGACUGGAAGGACCCCUAUGAGGUGGGCCACAGCAUGGCCUUCCGAGUACAUUUAUUCUAUAAGAAUGGCCAGCCCUUCCCUGCUCUUCGUCCUGUGGGCCUGCGAGUUCACAUCUGCCAUGUGGAGCUAGCAAUGGAUAUUCCUGUGACCCAGGAAGUACUUCAGGAGCCCAGUUCCAAUGUGGUGAAGGUGGCAUUUACUGUGCGGAAGGCUGGGCGCUAUGAAAUCAGCAUAAAACUUGGAGGCUUGAAUGUGGCAUAUAGCCCUUACUACAAAGUAUUUCAGCCAGGAAUGGUGGUUCCUUCGAAAACCAAAAUUGUUUGCCAUUUCUCCACUUUGGUGCUGACAUGUGGGCAGCCUCACACUCUGCAGAUAGUUCCUAGAGAUGAGUAUAAUAAUCCUACCAGUAACUCGGUAUCACUGAUAGAUGAGCACAAUUACAGCCUCUCAAUCCAUGAGCUUGGUCCCCAAGAAGAAGAACCUUCUGAUGUUUUGUUUGAAAAGUCUGUGGUGUCUAAUCGACAGACUUAUCAAGUUUUCCUGAGACUCACCCUACUCCGUAGGGGAUGUUUCCGUGCCUGCAUCUCCUACCAAAGCCAGCCUAUUAGCAAUGGGGAGUUCGAUAUAAUUGUUUUAAAUGAGAAUGAAAAGAGUAUCGUGGAGCGAAAUGUUUCUACCUCAGGGGUCAGUAUCUAUUUUGAGGCCUACCUUUACAACGCUAGUAGCUAUGCCAAUACCCAGUGGCAACUUCCACCCCUGCAUUGGGGUUCCUCUCAGCGCCGACCUUCCACUGCUACUGAAGAUGAGGAUGAAGACUCUCCUUCUGACAGCCAGACCCCUGAGAAAGUGAAGAAGCCAAAAAAAGUGUAUUGCUAUGUUUCACCCAAGCAAUUCUCAGUAAAGGAGUUCUACUUGAAGAUCAUUCCUUGGCGCCUCUUUACCUUCAGAGUAUGUCCUGGCACCAAGUUUUCUUACCACGGUCCUGACCCUGUGCACAAACUGCUGACGUUAGUGGUGGAUGAUGGGAUUCAGCCUCCUGUAGAGCUGAGCUGCAAGGAGAGGAACAUCUUGGCGGCAACUUUCAUUCGAUCGCUGCAUAAAAAUAUAGGAGGCUCAGAGACCUUUCAGGACAAAGUAAACUUCUUCCAGAGGGAGCUGCGCCAGGUGCACAUGAAGAGGCCCCAUUCAAAAGUUACUCUAAAAGUCAGCCGCCACAACCUUCUGGAAUCGUCACUGAGGGCAACAAGGAAUUUUUCUGUUUCUGACUGGAGCAAAAACUUUGAAGUGAUUUUCCAGGAUGAAGAAGCCUUGGACUGGGGAGGUCCCCGCAGAGAGUGGUUUGAAUUGAUCUGUAAAGCUUUAUUUGACACUACCAAUCAACUUUUUACCCGCUUCAGUGACAACAACCAAGCUCUGGUACAUCCCAACCCCAACCGGUCACCUUUUCUGCGGCUGAAAGUGUAUGAAUUCGCAGGGCGCUUGGUUGGAAAGUGCCUCUAUGAGUCAUCUUUGGGAGGGGCUUACAAGCAGCUGGUGAGAGCUCGUUUCACCCGGUCUUUUUUGGCUCAAAUCAUAGGAUUGCGGAUGCAUUAUAAGUAUUUUGAGACAGAUGACCCAGAGUUCUAUAAAUCUAAAGUCUGUUUCAUCCUGAAUAAUGAUGUGAGUGAGAUGGAGCUAGUCUUUGCUGAGGAAAAAUACAGCAGAUCAGGACAACUUGAGAAGGAGGUUGAGCUGGUAACAGGUGGUGCUCAAAUGCCAGUUACAAAUGAGAAUAAAAUUUUCUACCUGAAUCUGCUUGCACAGUACAGACUGGCGAAUCAGGUUAGAGAGGAGGUGGAACACUUCUUGAAAGGUCUCAAUGAACUGGUCCCUGAAAACCUCCUUGCUAUUUUUGAUGAAAAUGAACUUGAGUUGCUGAUGUGUGGUACUGGAGACAUCAGUGUCUGUGAUUUCAAAGCACAUGCUGUAGUAGUAGGAGGUUCUUGGCACUUCCGAGAGAAGGUUAUGCGGUGGUUUUGGACAGUGGUCUCCAGUUUCACACAAGAAGAACUGGCCAGGCUGUUGCAGUUCACCACUGGUUCUUCUCAGCUGCCUCCUGGAGGAUUUGCUGCACUUUGCCCAUCUUUCCAGAUCAUUGCAGCUCCGACGCACAGUACACUGCCAACAGCCCAUACUUGUUUUAACCAGCUGUGCCUCCCCACUUACGACUCCUAUGAAGAGGUGCACAAGAUGCUGCAGCUGGCCAUCAGCGAGGGCUGUGAGGGUUUUGGCAUGCUCUGACUCCCACAGGAGGAGUCCAUCUCGCUUCCUUAAUUCUUCAGGGCAUUGCCCAGCCCCACUUCACUAGUCCAGUCUCAUGCCCAGCCUAAGGGCAAUGGAGAACGGAGCAGAGGCACCACACAAACAGAAAUGUCAAUCUGCAAUGUCACAUGGAGGCCUCUCCAUGUCUGAAGUACAUUAUUGGGAGCACAUAUUGCCCCUUCCCCUUUCCAGUAUGGUACAUGAAAUGGAGUGGAGUUCUUCUCUCGGGGUGACAUGGUACUUGCAUUUCACAGGACUUGUCUGGUUUUCCGAAGGAAGAAAGCUCAUAAGCAAGAGUUCUAAUUUGGUACAGGAGGAGAUUUGUAACUUACAAUAUUCCAGUUGCUUUGGGGAUGAAUGGACCACUAUGGAGCUCUAAAUCCCCAGAUUAUGGGAAGCCUUAAUACUUUUCCAUGCCUUUGCCCAAGUUUUCACGCAAGUUAAUCCCCUUUCCACUUGGAUGUUACUGGAAGGCAUAAAAUCACCCCCACCUUGCUUUUUUAUUUUCUUAGCCACUUUCCCCUGGAUGCUGCCAGCACUUGUUCUUGCAGAAGAGGGAAGGCAGCAUUUAUGUCAUUGGAUCACUAGUGCUGAUACUGACAGUGACCUUUUUCUACCUCUACCAAGAGCUGGCAACAGGAUAUUAUUUCUGCAGUGGCAGCAGCUUCUGUUGCCUUUGCCACGGAACUGGAAGAAACUUAUUUUCCUCCCAUCCCUAUUUCUGACCAUGGUCAUGAACUUUGGCAGGAACUCAUUUUCCCUACCAUCCAACUAAUUUCCCUUCCUCAGAGGAUGGAUGGAUGUAUCUAUUUGAGGUCUGAUGCAUAUGCUAGCACUGACCUUUUGGGGUACUUAGAAUGUGGUGGUGGUAGGCCAAGAGGCAGCUAUGAUUGUAUGCAUCAAACAUACAUUUGUAUGCAGGUAGAGUGAGGUGAUCAGUAUUGGAUUGGGCCCAGUAGCUCAUUCUCUCUCUUAUUCUACACAGACAGGCGUCUACCUCUCCCACAUGACAGCCAGAGUCUUCUCUAGCAUGCUUCGGGCAGAGAAUUGUUAAAUAAGGUAUUGUUACCUGUGUUCCCCCCCCAUAACCUAUUUUUUGUGUUCUGAGCAUUCCAUGAAAUUUGGAGUGGGGGGUGGUUAAACUGUGGGUGCUUGUCCAGGCAGUAAUGAAGUGGGUCUGCAAGGCAACACAUUGCACUACCCACACUUCAGACUACAUGAGGAAGCCAAUAUGAGCUGUCAUGUACAACUGAUCUCUUAAUUCUGAACAUGUCCUUUCCACUGCUCCCAUUCCUUGGCAAUGAAGGAGUGGGAAUUCAGGGAUCCCUGCUAGCAGCCUAGCCAUUUUUUUUGUCAACAAAGCCAAAAUGUGAUUGGAUUGUGAACUGAAUAUUUUGUUGGCACCUGAAGUACAUUUCUCCUGGUCAGGAGAGAGAUGUUGGUGGCUGUAACUAAAUGGGAGGAGCCUACAAUAUGACUGCUUGGAUUGAGGGAGUCCCCACCCCCAGACUAGACUCUUAAUUGGAUGUCUCAUAAGAACAAACAUAGGAAAAAUACAAUUUAUAGUUGUGCCAGCAUUUUUAGUCCAAUCAUUCUGCCAUAGAUUGGGGCUAUAUCCUUCUUCAGAUGACACAUUUUGCUAUUAUUAUUUUUAGAUAGAUGUACCCGCCCCCCAACAUAAACGGAAUCAUUCGCAGAUCAGAGGGGAAAAGACAAUUUGCAAACUUGCUUAAGUAGAAGUUCAAGCCAUUUUUUUGCCAAAAAUGUUAGAACUCUGAGUAUUGGGACAACUCAGGAAUCCCUUCCUUUUGGGGCAUUUUUAGAGACCACCACUGUAUUUUCCUUCAUGGCAGGCAUAUUCCCCCUCCUUUAAGCAGUUGCUCUUUUUAAAAGCAUGUACAUGCCAUCUUAUUGCACUAAGGGCGGCUUCUGUAAUCAGUGCAGUUAGGGCUCCUGAAUGCCUUUUGACGCUACCCACUCCUCUCCCCAGGGACCAAAAGGAGGUUAUGCUGUGCAGCUCAGCCAGUUGAUGGUUGUAGGGUGCUGCUUGGUGCUGUUCCAGUCCUUUGUCUUGUUCCCUGGUCUAUUGGAGGCUUUUCCAGCCAUGGCUCAAGGUUGGUUCUGCUACAUCUUCCUCAGGAAUCCCCUCCUUUCUUCUUUAGAGCUCAGCUGUUUUUAUACUGAGGACUGAGUGGCUGGAUAUUCAGCAGACAUCCUCUGCUUGAAACCACUCACCUAAUAAAAUGUAUUUGGCACUUCUUGCCUCUUUGCAGAUGCGAAGGAUUUUCUUUUUACACAAGCACAGUCAGAGCAGUGGUGGAUGCUGCUAGUUCUUAGCUAAUAAUGCACUUGUGUGUUUUCUCCUACUCUUGCCCCCAUCAUCAGCAGGUCCAUUCUUCCCAACGCUUUAUAAUUUCAGUGCACAGGCUCUGAUUUUCCUAAAUCUUACUUGUUCUUUCCUAACCUUGUGUGUUGCCCUGAUUCCCGUGCGAAGACAUGGUACGGGCUGUGCUCCAGCCAUCUAUACUGUGUGUAUGCGUGACUUCUGAGGAGGUUUGUUUCUUUUCAUUGGCCCUAAUUUGUUCCAUCUCCUGUUAAGUGCAUUGGUUUCUAGGAUAGCGGUUGUGCUCAUGGUACAGUCUCAAGUAGAUCUCUUUCACCUGGAGCUGCUGUGGAUGCCAGAGGACUUGGCCUGCAUCUGAGAACUUAUCUUGCAUGUUUUAGAAACCAAGACCUAUUACUUUAGUUUGGCCAAGGCCUGUUUCCAGAUAGCCAGCUCCAAAAGGAAUUAAGCAAGAUUAUGUAAUCCUCUAAUAGAUUAUUCUGUAAAUAGUUUGUACAAUAAAUAAAAUAUUUAAAACUU